GAUUUACUUCCGGUAUGUCGACAUAGUUUCCUUAUUUCUGUACAAAUGCAGCCAUUCCUGCUGACUAAUUAGGUGCGUGGAAGUGAUACUCGUUAACAAAUCUGGAAUCAAAAAGGACUGAAAUUCUGUCUUGAAGAUGUUAGGGUUGUGCCAGUCUCUCUGUUACAUGCUUUGUAUUAGUUUUGUUGCGGGUCAUGAUGAAGGAAGAAGUGGCAACGGGAUAACGUGUCAGGAUCCGAACCUCCGCCCCGUGGACUGGUUCAUUGUGUACAAAACUCCCCAGGACUUGCAAAAUGAACACAAGUCGAUAUCGGAGGGCGUGGCCUUCUAUUAUAUGGACUCCCAUAAUCCCUUGCUGACCUUGUCUCAAGUCACCAUAGACCAGGAAGGACACGCCCUGUAUAACACGCUUCAGCAGAUCUAUCUCAAUUACUUUGUGGUGGAAUACGCCAUGUAUAAUGAUGAAUCUCCGAAAAAAUCUAAUAAGUCUUGGACAGGAAAGCCGAAAUAUGGUCUCACUAAAGGAGUAUAUGCUUUUGAUAAACGGACAGGGUUUUGGUUGAUCUCAACUAUCCCCAAGUUCCCGCCUCCCAAGGGCAAGGGUUAUGCCUUCCAUAAAGACGCCAAGCGGGACGGACAUAUUGUGCUUUGUGUGACCCUUAAUUCGGACAGUGUGCAGGACCUCCAUGAAGUUUUCAAAGUUACUCGGCCCCAAUUCUAUGACCAAAAGGGAUAUGAUGCGAGAAUGUCAACAAAGCAGCCUGCGAAUGAUACCCUGGUGCUGGAUAUGUAUACUCACGACAACAUGCAACUGAAGUGUUUAGCGAAAGGCCCCUUAUAUCAAAAAGAUCUGUACGAUUCCUUGGUGGCCCCCAGUCUUCAGAAAAAUCUGUGGGUCCAGUCCCUGCGGACUGGUGCCGGCCUCCCCUCCACCUGCUCCCAGUACAAGGUGAUCAAUAUUGUCCAUGUUAAAUUCCCGGACACCAUAGCUUUCCCUUCCGGUAAGCGCGACCACGCUAAGUGGGCGGUGUCCGAGACGGAGGGGAUUUGGAUGUGUAUUGGGGACCACGACCGACGGGCUACAUCGUUCGACAGAGGGGGAGGAGCGUUGUGUAUGACCAGUUAUCCAGUCUGGAAGGCAUUUCACAAUAUCACAAACUCCUUGAACAAAUGUUAAUUUGUAUGGACGCCGUUCAUCUGAGAUUGAAAAUGUAUACACUGCAUUGCGUUGUAUCAGCUUGUAGAUAUAAAGUUUAUUAUGAUAAUGCCAUCACUAGUUGUGUAGGCCAGGAUGGAUCAGUUACUUUGUAAAAUCUUUGUAGAAUGUGCAGCACUACUAGAUUUUGAAACCACAUUGAAGAUGUGGUCGCCCUUGAUCAGUUCACAUUGUCUGUCUGUCUGUAACAUUUUAAUGUGAUGAAUAUCUGACGUAGUUACAAUUUAGAUAUAUAUUUCGGUAUAGUUACAUGGUAUGUAAAUGACUAUCUUACUAGAAAAGAAAAGGAUUUUCGUGAAAUUCCUUCGACAGAGUUGUAGAUGCACAGAAUUCGGAGCUCUAAUGUUAACGACAACAGCUGAUAAGCUUUAGUUCUAGCUCGUCCUUCGGUUCAGGAUAUUAAGUACAAGAAUUUGUUGAUUAUUCUCAAAAUUACCGCAUAGGGUUUUUUCGCGGGGUGAUAAAUUUGGCUUAUUUUAGCGGUUAGAUAGCCUUCCACUAAAAUGUCACUCACUAAAUAUGCGCCCAAUUGUGAAUUCGGUAUUUGCAAGAGAUAUAAAUCUUCCUUGUCCGCCAAAAUUUAUUCUGCUAAAAUUAUUAGCAUACCUUUGAGCCAGCAGAUCACCAAAUUUUAGACCCGCGAAAAAAAAACCGCUAUACGGUAUGUACAUUUCCAAUGGUUUUGCCGUAAAUUCACUAUAGAUCUACUCGGUAGUUUACAUUCAGAAUAGACCUAGAUGAUAUCUUUCAUUGCAAAAUAGCUAGCUAGAUCACUUCAGUCUUUUAAUUACUUAUUACUGCUAUUGUACUGUAUGUUUCAUUUUAUAGUGGCAAAACUAUUUAACAACAAUAUGAUUAGAGACUGGGAAAAAACUCGUAGAAAACAGUUCAAUCAAUUGUCGUUCGGAGAAAUUGCAAUUUUAUAAUAUUGAUAGGAAUCUUUAAAAAUUUGCCCCUAGGUCUGAGUCAGGUUAUAUGUAACACAGUGUGCAUAGGUUUUGUCAGUGACCACAUGAUUCUUCGGGGGUUUUUUUUUUCUAUCAUUAUCAUCUUUUGUCAGUGCCAACAUGCUUCUUUGAGGGGGUUUUCCCAUCAUUAUUAUCAUUUGAUUGUUUCCAAUAUUCAUAUGUUAAGUUUUUCAACAAUAGAAAUAAAACAUAGUAUUGAUUUAUA